AUGCUCUCACGUGUUGCUGCAGUGAAGGCACCCCGCACACACCACCGUCGCCGCGUGACCGGAUCCAGCGGAAGGAGGAGGGAGGGAAGAGAGAGUGAGCCGCAGAGGCCCAACAUGUCCCGGCGUGUGUUUACUUUUGCGGUGCUGCACCUCUUCGUCGUGUUGGUGAUGUGCUGCCGUGGAGCUGCAUCCAGUGAGAUGGGAACGGCAGUUGUUGAGCCAACUUCUCCCAUGCCUUCAUCGAAAAUUCUCAUUGAUGGUGGGGGGAGCGUUUCAGAGAAGGAGCAACCGCUGCAAAGGGUCGAUCUAUUUGUGCCGAAUCAGACGCUGGUGCUGCCGAAAGGUGGAACUUCUCCAGAAACGACGAGGGAUUCAUUUGUUUCCCCAUCUCUCGUCAGUGCUGGUGGAGUGAUUGCUGCUUUUGCCGCAUGUCACAUGGAUUUUGAAAAGCCGACGGAUGCAUCACUUAAGCCCUCUUUUGGUGUUGUUGCGGUGUACGUGAACUCUGCGCGGAGUUGGCCCGCUCUUGUUGCUGAGGUCAAUAACAGUACAUGGAAAGCACACACCGUGCUUGGCACAGCGGAGGGAAAGGAGAGUUUGGGUGGCUUGUUCAACCCCACAACAACCACGAAGGGAAAUAAGGUUUUUCUUCUUGUGGGAAGCUCUGAUGCGCACAAAAAAGGUCUGGACUGGAAAUGGGACAGCCUGAAGCUGAAACUGGUUGUGGGUGAUGUCACGAA